UCAGUCAAUGAUAUUCUUGAACAGUUGUGGGCCCUGCAUUCUGCCCAGCCUGAGCAAUUGACCAUGCCACUGCUCUCUACCUUCUUUACACCUUCAGACCAGACUCUACUCUCUGAGCUUUUAUUGAAAAACAAACUCAUUCACAACUUCUAAAUUCUACUUUCUGAGCCCAAACUGCUCCAACCUUUCCUGUGCCACCACUCCUUACUUUCAAAAAAAUAUAGGAAUCUCACCAACCUCUUAGUAAGAAGCUCCAUAUUGCCUGGCCUCACACAACCAGGCAUUUUUAAGUAUGCCUGUUGAUAGUGCAACACUUGCUCCUACAACACUACAACCAUCACUGCGCCUUAGUCAUGGUAUCACAUUACCCAGAACUUCUGUUGCACAUCUUCCAACCUUAAAGUAUCAUCUGCAAACUCUACAUCACUCUGUAUUGAGGAAAUGGGAUGCGCCUUGCCAAUUGUUUUUGGGUGCACAUACAAAGCAUGCUGCUUUGUAUGCCUGGCCAUCCUGUUGCCACCCACUCAAACACAAGCCAUUUCAUUGCUCACUUAGCUCGCAGCAUCUUCAUACACCCAUGGACUAUAUGCUGAAAGAAAUGGAAGGGCCAACAUUAUAUAUUCGAACUUGCUACCAUGUCAGCAGUGGGUUUAAAUGAACAUUUUCUUUCUGCUCCUACCUAUUCUUAGUUCAACAAUCCCUUCUUAUCCUUCAACGUCUCUCACUGCAUUUUCUCCUUUCAACUGCUGCUCUUCAUUUCAUUUCUCUUUCCUUCUACUUCUUACCCACUUUCUACUAUUACUUCUUGUCUAUAUAUGAAGCUUAUUUCUUGUGUUCCUCAUCAGUUGCAGCCAGUUUCUCAAACUAGAGGAUGUAAAACUCGACUGCCUCUUUUUAAUUUCACUCCUGUCAAGCUUUCUCUGAAGAAAAACUCUAUCUGAAAUAGACUUUCCACUCUUUAUGGCAGUUUUACUGCACUCUUUCAAUAGAUUUUUCUAAGUUUUGUCAACACAGAUCAAAACCAGUUUCUUUGGAUUCUGUUAUAUUUUAUAGAGCAUAUUGAUAGCUUAGUUUUAGUAACAAUGGUCAUAUUGCUUCAAUGAUUGACAAGAUAAAGGUGUCAGAUAUAGAGGCUCUUUUGUUGGCUCAGAAAUUCUACCAUAAUGUCAUAGUUAUCAAGUCUUGAUGUGUAACUGAGCAAGAUCAAGUGACAUCUAAGGAUUGUAGAUGACAUUGGUAGUUGUCUAAACUGUUCUUUGAUUUGUUUGUUGGGUAAAUAUUAUCUUGCUUUCAGAUAGCAAGUUAUUUUUUAUAAAUAUCUGGUUUCAAACAGGUUGAAUUUCCUUUUCUGAUAGGAUUUUAGAUGCCAUGGAUCUUUAUAUAGCACACUUGAAAUAUGAAAAGAGGUUGAGCCUUAAAUCUUUCUGUUUCUCCAGUUUUCUAUAACUAUUUGAAGGCUUCUGAUGUAUUACCAAUACUACACUAACUUUGGUAAUCCAUGUCAUUCUGGUGUUGAAUAGAAUUCUACAGAAUAUUGGAAGACAUUGGUAUUAAAAAAAAAUUGUACAUUGGAUGCAUCAUCAAUAUUUAUCAUAUUUUAAAGACUAAAUGAAGAAAUACGGAAUAGAUACCACCCUGUUCAUACAGACCCAUGGUAGAAUCACUGAAAUAUAUCCCAUGGACUGAGAUUAUAAUGAAAUGUUUUUACAUUUUGAAGAGUGGAGUAUGUACAAAAUGAUUUUGCAUUACAAAUAAAUUUGCAGUGACCUCAGAUAUUGACAAGGAUUAGAAUUGCUGGAAAUGCGUUGGAAGAAAUAUUUGUAAGGAAUAUGAUAUAAAAGCAAAAUAUAAAUGUGUAUAUAUUGCAUUAAGAAAAGAAAAAUUAUGGAAAAUAUACCAUAUGAGAACAAGGUUAAAUGCAAAACAGACUCUAAAAAAAUCCGUUCUGAUGAGCUGCUGAAAGAAAGAGCAAAAACAUCAUUCCUCUGCAAUAGCUGUGGAAAAUCAUUCUCUCAAAAAUGUAAUCUUAAUAUUCACAAACGCAUUCAUACAGGAGAAAAACCAUUUCACUGUGAUUUCUGUGGUAAAUCAUUCGUUCAAAUAAAUCACUUAACUAAACAUAAACGCAUUCAUACAGGGGAAAAGCCAUAUAGUUGUAAUUUCUGUGCUAAGUCAUUCUAUGGAAGUGGUGAACUAACCAAACAUAAACGUAUUCAUACAGGAGAGAGGCCAUAUCACUGUGAUAUCUGUGGUAGAUCAUUCUCUGUAAAUGAUCACUUAACUAAACACAAACGUAUUCAUACAGGGGAGAAGCCCUUUCACUGUGAUAUCUGUGGUAAAGCAUUCUCUUGUAAUGGUGAUAUACCCAUACACAAACGCUCUCAUACUGGAGAGAAGCCAUAUGACUGUGAUAUGUGUGGUAAAUCAUUUACUACAAAAGGUCACUUGACAACUCAUAAACGCUGUCAUACAGGAGAGAAACCACAUCACUGUGAUGUCUGUGGUAAAUCAUUCAUUCAAAACUGUCAGUUAAUUAGACACACACGCAUUCAUACAGGAGAGAAGCCUUAUCCUUGUGAUAUCUGUGGUAAAUCAUUUGCUGAAAAUGCCCAUUUAAUUAAUCACAAACGUAUUCAUACAGGAGAGAAGCCAUAUCACUGCCACAUAUGCAAUAAGUCAUUUUCUCGAAAUGAUCACUUCACUCAACACAAACGUAUUCAUACAGGAGAAAAACCAUAUCACUGUGAUAUCUGCGGUAAAUCAUUCUCUGUAAGUUUUCGGUUAAAAAUUCACACACGUAUUCAUACAGGAGAGCAGCCAUAUCACUGUGAUAUCUGUGGUAAAUCCUUCUCUGAAAAGGGUGACUUAACUAAACACAAACGCACUCAUACAGGAGAAACCCCAUUUCAGUGUGAAAUCUGUGGUAAGGCAUUUUCUAGAAAUUCUAAUUUAACCACUCACAAACGUGUUCAUACUGGUGAGAAACCAUAUCACUGUGAUAUCUGUGGUAAAUCGUUCUCUCAUGGAAAUGUCUUAAUUGCACACAAAUACAUUCAUACAGGAGAGAAACCAUAUCAUUGUGAUGUCUGUGGUAAAUCGUUUUCUCAAGCAAGUCACUUAAGUAAGCACAAACAUGUUCAUACAGGUGAGAAGCCAUAUCAUUGUGACAUCUGUGGUAAAUCAUUCUCUGUUGGAAGUGCAGUAAGUGGACACAAACGUACUCACACAGGAGAAAAACCAUAUUGUUGUGAUAUCUGUGGGAUCACUCAACUAAACACAAGCAUGCUCAUACAGAAGAAAAACAAUAUCGCUGCUAUAUCUGUGUAUUCGACACUAUUCUCUGAAGAAGAUUUUCCCAGCCUAGGAAUGACAGAAGGAAGAAUAGACGAUACUGUAAAGUCGAGAACAAAGUUUGAAAGAGACAUUGCUGUCAACAACAAAGAUAUUUCUACAACCCUUGAUAGCCCUGUCAUCACCACCACCAAAACUACCACAUCUACGUGCUAA